CAUCUGGCAUCAUUCAUCCAACGUAACAGCUGAUUGGCGUGGACAAAUUGCGGUGUGUAAACAAAUUGUUUUAUUUAUAAUUUCUUAACUAUUUUGAAAUAAAAUAACAAUGUCUGAGGAUGCCAGUACUUCGAGCUUUGGGUUCAAGAAGCGAAAUAUUCGAAAGCAAGUUGCGCUACGCAGGAAGCAAAGUAGCAGCUCGGAGUCAGGCAAAAGCAGUGAAGGUGAAACAACCUCGGCAGUUGUGCGUGGGGAAAACCGUCGCAAGCGCGCCAACCCAAAUUUUCAAAGCACUAAGCAAUUGAGCUCUAAACGCGAGCGGAAAAACGAUGCGUCCUCUGCUAGCGACAGUGAAGAGGAUGAUAACAAAGUUAGCGUCUCGUACAAGUCCAAGAAGAGUGCUUUGCCAAGCGGACCGCAAGAUCAAGGAGCUACAUCUAUAAAUGAAGCUGAGACAGCCCAAGAUCGCGACGCGCAAGCAUUGCACGAAAAAAUGUUAAAAAUUAACGAAGAGCUUGAGGGCAAAGCUGAUGACAAAGUGUAUCGCGGUCUUAAUAACUAUGCACAAUACUACAAAAAAGAGGGCACAGCUCAGGGUAAUGCAAGUUCAGGCAUGGUGAGAAAGGGUCCUAUACGUGCGCCGGCACAUUUGCGUGCCACUGUACGAUGGGAUUACCAACCUGAUAUUUGUAAAGAUUAUAAAGAGACAGGCUUUUGCGGUUUUGGCGACAGCUGUAAAUUCUUACAUGAUCGCAGCGAUUACAAAGCGGGUUGGCAACUCGAGCUGGAUCAUGCUGCUCAACAGCGCGGUGAGGCAGAAUCGGAUGAAGAUGAUACCAAAUAUGAAAUUCAUUCAGAUGAGGAAACAUUGCCCUUCAGGUGUUUCAUUUGUCGCAAUAGCUUCGAAAAUCCGGUGGUGACCAAGUGUAAACAUUAUUUUUGCGAAAAAUGUGCUUUAGAAAACUACAAAAAGUCACAGCGAUGUUAUCUUUGUUCACAACAAACCAAUGGCAUUUUUAAUCCAGCUAAAGAGUUAAUAGCUCGCUUGAAAAAUGCUCCAGAAGGUGGCCAAGUUUUCUCAUCGGACAGUGAUUAGCUUAUAGCUAAGCGGCCGCUGUGGUGUAGUGGUUAGUAGUGCGCGCUACCUUUCCGCGGGGCCUGGGUUCAAGCCCGAUUUCCGACCAAAAAUAAAAAACAAACAUUUUUUUCUAUUAGCGGUCGCCGCUCAGCAGGAAAUACCAAACCUCAGAGUGUAUUUAAAACUGUAAGUCCCUCCGCUUUGUGUGCCAACAUCAAGACGCACGCCAAACGGCCAAUGAGUAUGUAUGAAAACAAAAGACUACUAGCAUAUUCAUACAUGAUUUUAAUUGAAUAAAAUAAUUGCAAUUUUUGAGUAUUUCUAAGAAA